CGGGGGCGCGCGCGGUGGCAAAGUUGCAGGGCCCCGCCGGGCACACGCUCCCAGCCACAGGCCCAGCGGGACCCCAGCGGGACCCCAGCGGGACCCCACCCCACCCGACCCGCCAUGGACGACCUGGACGCCCUCCUGGCGGACCUGGAGUCCACCACCUCGCACAUCUCCAAGCGGCCGGUGUUCCUGACCGACGAGACGCCCUACUCGUACCCGACCGGAAACCACACGUACCAGGAGAUCACGGUGGCCCCACCGGUGCCCCCGCCGCCCUCCAGCGAGGCCCUCAACGGCACCGUCCUAGACCCCCCGGACCAGUGGCAGCCCAGCUCUUCCAGAUUCCUUCACCAGCAGCCGCCGCCGCCUCGGUCCCAAUCCCCCGUCUACAGCUCCGGUGCCAAAACCUCCAGUGCCUCCGUCCCCCCGGACGGCCUCGACUCCUUCGGCCCGCCCUGCUCCCAAGCCGGCGAGGAGGAGCACGUUUACAGCUUCCCCAACAAGCAGAAGUCAGCAGAGCCGUCCCCCACCAUGAUGAGCUCUUCGUUGGGCAGCAAUCUGUCGGAACUGGACCGGCUGCUCCUGGAACUGAACGCCGUGCAGCACAACGCUCCCGGCGGCUUCCUGGCAGAUGAAGCCAGCCAGAGCCCUCCGCUGCCCGGGGCCCCGGGCUCUCACUACGGGAUCCCCGAGAACAGCAGCCCCCCCGGCGACCAGACCGCACCCCCCGCGAAAGAGAAGCCCAAACGCAACGGGAGCCGGGGGCUGGAGGAUGUCCGGCCCAGCGUGGAGACCCUCCUGGACGAGCUGGAGAGCUCCGUGCCCAGCCCCGUCCCGGCCAUCACCAUGAGCCAGGGGGAGGUGAGCAGCCCCCAGCCGGUCCCCUCCAGCCAGCAGCAGACCCGCAUAUCCGCCUCCUCCGCCACCCGCGAGCUGGACGAGCUGAUGGCGUCGCUCUCCGACUUCAAGACCGGCUCCCCCUUGCCACUGAGCUCUGAGCGCCCCCCAGAGCUGCUCCGCCAGGGACCUCCAGGCUCCCUCAGCACCCGUCCUCCUCCCCCUCUCUCCGCCUCUCCGCUGCCCCCGGCCCAACCGCCCUCCGCCAGCCCCGGCCGCGGCUCGCCGUUCCUGUGCGUCGAGGAGCAGGAGGGUCGCGGGACGAGUCCCCCGACCGGGGGCCGGGCCUCCGGGACCCCCGCCCGCCCUCAGCCGCUCGGUCGGCCCCAACUCGGGGCCGAGUCUGACGCCGCCCCCGAAAAGCCCCCCGGAAUCUCCUUCAUGGAGGACUGUCUGAUUCUCCUCGAGGCAGAGGACCGGGGGAGAGAUCCCGCCAGAGGCGCGCUGGGCGGUGCCGACGGGCUUCCCGGAGCGACGCUCCCCCGACCCCUCAGCCCGGCUGGGGUGGGCGGAGGGUCCGGGCUGCCCGGCCCACCUCGUGGGGAGCGCGCCAGUCCUCCCCGCCCGGAAGAAGCCGCAGCUGCCGCCCGGGAUCGGCCGGGGGCCCCCGAGCGGAAACCUCCCACCGGAGCGGCCCCGGGGCCCCGGGACCCGCCGGAACCAGCCGUGGUGGCGACGGACCGUCCGGGCGUCCUUCCCGACCUCUACUGUCGGCAGCCGGAUGGAGGAGCGGGGUCUAGGGACAGAGCGGGCGGAGAGAGAGCUCCCGGCAGAGGGGCCACCGGCGGCCCGGGCCGGGGGGCCCGAGAGGCCGGGAGAGAUGCGCCGGAGCCGCCGCCUGCCCUCGAGAUGUCCGGCAAGGAGAGGAUUUCCACUUCUGGCCAGGCAGGCGCGGGAGCGGGGCCGGGGGAGCGCGGGGUGGCGGCUCACCCGCUGUGCAUGGUGUGAGCGUGCCCGGCCCCCCGCCCCCCAGCUCCCUUCACACUAAUAGCAUGCGCCCCGCCCCGGUUCCGCCGACCGUUGAGCUGCCUGGAAGGCCCGGAGCCCACGUUGGCUGGGGUGGGGCACCGGUGCCGAGAGCCCGAGGGGUCCCGCCUGUGCCCGCCGAGGAGACCUGAGAAGAGGCCCGGGCCGUGGCACGGACCCAGAGAUAUAGCUGCUCCCCAGCCUGUGGCCCGGUCUAGCCGGGGUCUCCAAAGAUGGCUCCUCCCGGAGCUCGGAGGCCCCGUUCCCUCGGGCCGGAGGGGCACUGGGCCCUA